AUGAAGCUGAUUUUGAUUUUCGGCGCCCUCAUCGGGGCUUCCCUGUGCCUGGAAACCUUUGUUGGGCACCAGGUGCUCCGGAUCAAGACCAAAAAUGAGGAGGAGGUCAAGCAGCUGCAGCUUUUGGAAUCGCUGGAACACCUGGAGCUGGAUUUCUGGAUCAACCCCUCUGCCCCUGCCCUCCCCGUGGAUGUGAGAAUUCCUGCUGCCAGUGUCCAGUCGGUGAAAGCCUUCCUGGAAUCCCAGGGGAUUGAGUAUUCCAUCCUGAUCGAAGACCUGCAGGAUAUUCUGGAUAAAGAAAAGCAAGACAUGGCCGAGAGCGCCCAAAGGCAGCGCAGCAGCAGCUUCGACUUUGGUGCUUACCACACUCUGGAUGACAUCAACAAAGAGCUGGACCAUCUUGCAUCUGAGUACAGCUUUGUGGAAAAGAUCCAGAUCGGGGAAUCCUACGAGAAGCGUCCUAUGUACGUCCUGAAGUUCAGCACCGGAGGCUCCAACCGCCCGGCCAUCUGGCUCGACGCCGGCAUCCAUUCCCGCGAGUGGGUCACGCAGGCCAGCGCCCUGUGGAUCGCCAACAAGAUUGCCUCUGACUACGGGACCGAUGAUUCCAUCACCUCCCUGCUGAACAAGAUGGAUCUUUUCCUGCUGCCGGUCGCCAACCCCGAUGGAUUUGUGUACACUCACACCUCGAAUCGCAUGUGGAGGAAAACCCGCUCCAGGAUUCCCGGCAGCAUCUGCGUGGGAGUUGAUCCCAACAGGAACUGGGAUGCAGGUUUUGGAGGUCCUGGAGCCAGUAAAAACCCCUGCUCCGACUCCUACCACGGGCCCAGCGCCAACUCCGAGGUGGAAGUGAAAUCUGUUGUGGACUUCAUCAAGAAUCACGGAAACUUCAAGGCCUUCCUGACCCUCCACAGUUAUUCCCAGCUCCUGAUGUACCCCUAUGGAUACAAGUGCACCAGGCCAGACGAUUAUGCCGAGCUGGAAUCUCUGGGAAGAGCUGCCGCCAGUUCCAUCCGCUCCCUCUACGGCACCACCUUUCAAGUGGGCACCAUUUGCAAAACCAUCUACCAAGCCAGUGGAGGCAGCAUUGACUGGAGCUACGACAACGGGAUCAAAUAUUCCUUCGCCUUCGAGCUGAGGGACACCGGGCGCUACGGCUUCCUGCUGCCCGCCAACCAGAUCAUCCCUGCUGCCAAGGAGACCUGGCUGGGCCUGAAGAAAAUCAUGGAGCACGUGAGGGACAAGUCUGCCUGA